AUGGGUAGGGACCCCACCAAACAAAAUCAAAAUUUGUACUGUCAGUAUCAUCAAGAUCGAGGACACACAACCAAGGAUUGUAGGACUCUCCGUGAUUUCUUGGGUCAAUUGCUGAAGUUUGGGAAGCUUAAUCAAUUUACACAUUCAUCUUCUAGUCAAGGAGAAGCAUCAAGCCAGGGGUAUCAAAGAGAGAUAGCGCCACACCUACCAUUGGGGACUAUACAUGUCAUCUUCGCCAACCCAAAUAGGCAAACUGCCUCGUCGACAUUAGUGCUAACCAUUUCCCAGCAUUCCGAGAAAGAAGAGGAAGAAAAUGCUUUUAAAAGAGCAAAGAUGAAGCCAGACCAAGUCCUUGGAUUUUCAAAGCAAGACAAGUUGGGUACAACCCAGCCCCAUCAUGACACCUUAGUGCUUACAUUGCGGAUUGGAGGAUUUUAUGUCAAGAGAAUCAUGGUGGAUCAAGGAAGUGGAGUUGAGAUCAUGGACCCUAAUCUUUACUAA